GACGUUCCGGCCAGUUUUGACAUUUUCUCGCUCUCGGUGCGGACGAAUGAUACCUACGUAGGUAUAUACACACACAUAUAUAUGUGCAUCGUAUGGAAGAGUUAAAAGCCAUAGACCGAACUUUCUUUGUAUUGGUUAUGGAUCGUCUUGGUAUGACGGAUGUUAUAGGCACUAGCAUGAAAAUUCUAUCAGGAAAAAGAGCUCUUUCUUGAGGUACAAGUAUCAAAGAAGAUUCUUCAAUCUCCACCACCCACUGCCUUCAAACAUCCACUAUUACAUCUAUUUCUAUAGCCGUCAAACUACCUCUUCAUUAUGAUGGACAUGUCCUCCUACCUCAUCUCGUUUCUAGCCUUUCUUAUUGUAUGUUUACUCUUCAUCAUUGUGCUUCUCAUCCGCAAUCACGUUGAUGAAAAAAGUCUCAUUGCUACACCUUCCAUCAAUAAAGACGAAGCCAUCCUCACAGCCUAUGCAAGUGUCAAGAUCAAUGCACCUGCAGACGAUGUUUUUCGUGUAAUAACCUCUUUCAAAAAAUACGGAAGUGGUUAUUCCCAAUAUGAAUUCGAGCAUGACCAGGAAAAAUUGCCAACCGUGGGCGCCAGGGGGAUUUAUUCUUUUCGAGUCGAAGAUAUACGGGAUCGACGUUUACCUGUUGUCUUGACUAUGCUGGAUCCAGUGCAAAGAAAGAUGAGCGCGAAGACCACCCAAUACCCCGGUUGGCUUCUGGGCACAGAGAGAGUCCAGGAAGUGGUGGCUGUGAAGGGCAAAACGACUGUUUGUGAGUAUAGGACAUGGUUAACCUUGGAGGGAAUUGCGGCAUACUAUCCUUUGUUGACAGCAAAGGAAGAGAUGGUGGACAUUGUCAGAGAUGCGGCUUUAGAAUUAAAAAUGUUCAUUGAGUCGCGGAAUCGCAAAGUUUAAUCUUUGGAUUUGUAGCAGGAACGCUCUUGUUGGGAGGGUUCAAUUCACAGGAGGCAAACAUUCAGGGAGAUCCGUGCUCGCUGGAGAAAGCUCCUCAAUGUGCAGAAUUAAAAAGCACUAAAGAGGAUAUGUGUUGGACUGGUGGGCCCCGGAUCAGGAGACGUACUCAACCACGACAGAAUUUGAUUUUGAGGACAAGUCGUUUCAAACCUCUAUAAUUUGCAGACGGCAAAGUUCCCCGAUUUUCAUCGGUCUGCAAAAGGGCUCAUAAGGGAGAUAUUCGACUUUGACGGUUUCCUGA